AGCGGAGAAAGCAGGGGAGGAGCGGGGCUCGGGGCUCGGGGCGCAGCAUCGCACCGUGCAUGGUGCUGCGGUGUCGGAGGGAGUGGAUGAGCAGCCGGAGCUGACCCAGAGAUGGCUGUUCUCAAACUGGCCGACCAGCCUCCUCUCAUCCAGGCGAUCUUCAGCGGAGACCCUGAGGAGAUCCGUAUGCUCAUAUACAAGUCUGAAGACAUCAAUGCUCUGGAUGCAGAGAAACGCACGCCGCUGCAUGCAGCGGCAUUCCUGGGUGAUGCCGAGAUCACCGAGCUCCUCAUCCUCUCUGGGGCCCGGGUCAACGCCAAAGAUAAUAUGUGGCUCACCCCUCUCCAUCGUGCUGUGGCAUCUAGGAGCGAGGAGGCCGUGCGAGUUUUGAUCCGCCACUCGGCUGACGUCAACGCGCGGGACAAGAACUGGCAGACACCGCUGCACGUUGCUGCAGCCAAUAACGCGCUGCGUUGCGCUGAGGUCAUCAUCCCGCUGCUGAGCAGUGUGAACGUGUCGGACCGCGGCGGACGCACCGCCCUGCAUCACGCUGCCCUCAACGGCCACACUGAGAUGGUAAACCUCCUCCUCGCUAAAGGAGCCAACAUCAACGCCUUUGAUAAGAAGGACGGGCGGGCGCUGCACUGGGCAGCUUUCAUGGGGCACUUGGAUGUGGUGUGUCUGCUGGUGAAUCAGGGGGCGGAGAUCAGCUGUAAGGACAAACGGGGAUACACGCCCCUCCACACGGCGGCCUCCAGCGGACAGAUCGCUGUGGUCAAACACCUGCUCAACCUGUCUGUGGAGAUCGAUGAGUCCAACGCCUUUGGGAACACGGCGCUCCAUUUGGCCUGUUUUAACGGGCAGGACGCCGUCGUCAGCGAGCUGAUUGACUACGGUGCCAACGUCAGCCAGCCCAACAACAAGGGCUUUACCCCACUGCACUUUGCCGCCGCCUCCACACAUGGGGCGCUCUGUCUGGAGUUCCUGGUCAACAACGGGGCUGAUGUCAAUGUACAGAGCCGGGACGGGAAGAGUCCUCUUCACAUGACAGCAGUUCAUGGGCGCUUCACUCGCUCCCAGACCCUCAUUCAGAAUGGCGGGGAGAUCGACAGUGUGGAUAAAGAUGGCAACACCCCUCUCCACAUUGCUGCCCGCUAUGGUCAUGAACUCCUCAUCAACACGCUCAUCACCAGUGGAGCAGACUGCACAAGGCGAGGAGUCCAUGGCAUGUUCCCUCUCCACCUGGCUGCCUUGAAUGCUCACUCUAACUGCUGCAGGAAGCUGCUGUCCUCAGGUCGGAGGUUUAGCAUAAUGUGUAACGACUCGGUCCUGUCUGCAGGCUUCCAGAUCGACACUCCUGACAGUCUGGGGAGGACCUGCCUGCACGCUGCUGCCGCCGGAGGUAAUGUGGAGUGUGUCAAGUUGCUCCUGAGCAGCGGUGGAGACCACAACAGGAGGGAUAAAUGCGGCAGGACUCCCCUCCACUACGCGGCUGCCAGCCGUCACUAUCAGUGUCUGGAGACUCUGGUUGCUUGUGGAACCGCCAUCAACGCCACUGACCAGUGGGGGCGCUCUGCCCUGCACUAUGCUGCUGCCUCGGACCUGGACAGGAGGCGUCGUGUUGCUCUGGAGCCAGAGAGCGAAGGAGUUCAGGCGGAGAGGGAGAAAGAGGCAGCGCUAUGUUUAGAGUUCCUGCUUCAGAGCGGAGCGACGGCCUCUCUGAAAGACAAACAGGGCUACAGUCCCGUCCACUACGCUGCCGCCUACGGACACAGGCACUGUCUGGAACUGCUGCUGGACAGAGACGACAGUCACCAAAACGACCCAGAGUCUCCCAGUGCCAGGAGCCCGCUGCACCUCGCCGCGUACCACGGCCACGCUCAGGCCCUGGAGGUGCUGCUGCAGGGGGAGAUGGAGGUGGACCAGGGGGAUGAGGCGGGGAGGACCCCCCUUGCCCUGGCCGCCCUCCGGGGACACACUGACUGUGUUCACACCCUGCUCGGCCAGGGGGCGUCGCCGCGCACCACCGACACCCAGCACGGACGCACCCCUGUCCACCAGGCAGUGAUGAACGGUCAUACGACCUGCGUGCGCCUCCUGCUGGACGAAUCGGACAGUGCAGACCUUGUGGACGCUGCUGACUCUCAGGGACAGACUCCUCUGAUGCUGGCGGUGGCGGGGGGUCACGUGGACGCCGUCUCGCUGCUGCUGGAGAGGGAAGCCAACGUCAACGUGGCCAAUAACCACGGCCUCACUGCGCUGCACCUCGGGCUGCUGUGUGGUCAGGAGGAGUGUAUCCAGUGUCUUCUGGAGCAGGAAGCCUCGAUUUUGCUUGGCGACUCGCGAGGUCGCACCUCGAUCCACCUGGCCGCCGCCCGAGGCCACGCCUCCUGGCUGAGCGAGCUGCUGAGCAUCGCCUGCUCCGAGCCGCCGUCGCUGCCCCCGCUGAGAGACCACAGCGGGUACACACCGCUGCACUGGGCCUGCUACUACGGUCAUGAGGGGUGUGUGGAGGUUCUGCUGGAGCAGAAGGGUUGUCGCUGUAUUGAUGGGAACCCAUUCACCCCUCUGCACUGUGCUGUAGUAAACAAUCACGAGCCCUGUGCAUCGAUGCUGCUGGAGGCCAUGGGGGCAGAGAUCGCUGGCUGCAAGGACGCUAAGGGCAGGACUCCUCUUCAUGCCGCAGCGUUCUCGGGUCAUGUCGACUGCAUCCAGCUGUUGAUGUCCUACGAUGCACCUAUCGAUGCUGCAGACCAAUCAGGUUGCACCGCACUGAUGAUGGCGGCUGAGAAGGGCAGAGUCGGAGCCCUCGAGGUGCUGUUGACCAGUGCCAACGCCAACCUCAGUCUGACAGACAAAGACGGCAACACCGCCCUGCAUCUAGCUUGCAAUAAUGGGAAGGAAGACUGUGUGUUGCUGAUCCUGGAGAAGCUGUCUGACACUGCGCUCAUAAAUGCCACAAAUGCAGCGCUGCAAACUCCUCUCCACCUGGCGGCUCGGAGCGGUCUGAAGCAGGCGGUCCAGGAGCUGCUGUCCCGAGGAGCCAACGUGCAGAAGGUGGAUGAGAAUGGUCUGACCCCUGCUCUGGCUUGUGCUCCUAGCAGAGAGGUGGCUGACUGUCUGGCUCUCAUUCUGGCUACCAUGAUGCCUUUCUGCUCCCCUUGCAGCUCCGGGGCUCCCUCCCCAGGCUCCCUGCUGAGGCAGCUGCCCCACCAGGGGGGUAAAGGCCCAGGCACCGGCCCGCGGGUGUCACGCAGCCCAAGGAACCCCUCCGGACCCUCCAGCGAGGGAACCACUGAGAACGACUCUGAGGACUCGGAAACCUUCUGACCCCUCCGAACCGACCCCCUACCCUCCUCCCUCGAACUGCGCACCUGAACCUUUUACCCCCUCCACCCCUCCAGGAAUGAUGCAGUGUUUUAGUCUGUAACGUGCACUCUUGAGGCAGAAGGGUAGAUACUCGGUUGCAGUGUCUGUAUCUUCUGCUCUUCAUGUGGGGAAAUGUGUUUAGAACGCCUCCCCCCUUUGACACCAGGCUGGGGGCCCUACUGGCUCUUUUUCUUAGUGCCCUUUUCCAAAAUAAGUGUGCGGAGCGGCUGCACUGCCCCGGACUGACUGCUGCAGCCAAAUACGUUGCUCCAUGAAGCCGUGGUUGAAGGAGAAUUCGAUCUGGAUCAGUCAUGGCUCGGGUCUGCAUGCUUGUGUUAACUUCCACCACGGUUUGUUCUUUCUACUCACGGGUGCUUAAAUCCAAACCGACCUCGGUACUUAGUCUCUGCAUGGCAUAGCAGCUCGCCUCCGAGACUCCUUUUGUCUUUAUAAAAAAAAAAAAAAGCCAUUUUUAACUGUUUGUAUAAAAUGAAGUAGACUAUUAAGAAAGCUAAGUGUAAUUUUAACCUUUUUAGGAUUUUUUGCUUGUUGUUGUACCAAAUAUUUGACUUCCACUCAUAAAUAAUUAACAUGUACAGGAGGGUCACCAGAAGAGGUACGUAGAGCUCGUUUUUACCUGUGAACAACUGAAGCACAAAUUUCGAUUUUUGCUGAACUGUGGCUGGAACGUGUGCAGCCUUCAGAGACGUGUUUAGUAGUUUAAAUGUUGAACAGGAAAGAGGAUAUGACACGCUGGGUACAUCUCAGUUCCCUUAACUGGAUCCAUGCUUCACUUGCACAAGGACAGAUUCAGGAAAAGAUGCGAGAAAAGAGAAAUGAAGGAAAUACUUUUUAGAGCAAUGAGACGUCCUUUCCUCUGAUCUGUUAUCUGCUCCCCGAAAUGCUGAAUGAGACAUUUCUACUGGCAGCAACACGUUUACUUAUUUGCAUUUGUUGGUAUCCUGUUUGUAAAUUCAUGAUUAAAUAAUUCAGGUUGAAAUUAGAAAGUCUCAAUUUUUAGAAACAAGGCAGUAGCCUAAACGUUGCAAAUUUUGUAAAUAUCUGAACUAAAACUAGUUUGACACGUCACAAGAUCAUUCAAAUAUAUUUUUAUAGCUGAAAGACUCAAAGCCUCCAUAACUAUAAUAUUGGCAAGAAGAAAAGUCUGAAUGAUGAAAGUGGUGUUCUUGCUGCUUCAGGAAUCCACCAGGUUGUUUAACCAAUGGUGAGUAGGGAUGAGGUCUGAUAAUUAAAUUCAAAUCUAGCAUCAGGUAGGGCUGUGUAUUGGCAGGAAUCUGGUGAUGAAAUGUUCUGACACAGCUGUAGCCUCCUGUACUGUAUCCAGAUGUGAACAUGAAUACAUGAAUACUAUAGUGCAAUGAAUCAGAGUGAGCAGAGUUCAAAAGGACAUUAUAAAAAGAGAUUCUAAUUGAAUCAGUUUGAGAGAUCGUUGUCAUGACGACGGAGCAGCAGGAAGAGCCACCUAAGGGAACUGAGAGGUAGCCAGUGGUGAACACAGGGUUUGUGCAGAUGUGAAUUAAGGCUGAGAUUAUGACUUAGCUAUAUGCAUUAUAUCCUAUGGCCUUUACCGGCCUCCUGCACUGUUCUGACUCAUGUUCAGUCCUACCUGUAGUCCGUGGUUGCACACUGUAGACCAGGACAGCCGACAGAGACCCACUGAAACCACCAGGGCAGCUCCAUGCAGGGCAGGAUUCUGUGGAAGUGAUGGAAAGCUCUUUUAGGUCUCCUCAGUUCAUUGUGGUAUUUAUUAUCUAUUACAUGAUGGUACAAAUACUGCCAGCACUUAAAUGUAAAAUAACACAGGGCCUUGACCACUUCUCUCCCCUGCCCACCCCCCUCCCCUGUGUUUGUCCUACCAGCUAUGUGCCAUUGUCUCAAACGUGUCCAGUGCCUUGAUGUCCAUUCAUUUGUUUUUUUGACAACAAAUCCUAUGUUAGUAGAUUCUAAUAUUCUUCUGAUUGGAAGGAUCAGUGCACCAGAAUCACAAAGUGAUUUUUGUUUGGUCACUGAACUCUAGUGGUACUGAGCUGUGCAGGUUUGUCCAGGUUGUGAGAUGUUUCCCUUUAACUGAAAUACAAAAUAUUUUGUAAGAUUUUUUUGUGCAUUUUUGCCUUUAAUUGAGGAAUUCAGGAGAAUGUGUCGGGAGAGGGAGGUGGAUGGACCUCUGUCACCGGGAUAUCCCAAAUAAACUUUUUGUUUGUGCUACUCCAAAUGAAAAUGAUAUUUCCAGAAAUGAUGCCCCAGAUUCAGUGAUCAAAAGCUCCAGGAGAGCUACUGGUCCUAAGUCCUUAAAGGGCUCAGAAUAAAAAGGAAAUUUAAACAACUCCAAUUUAAUGACAAUUGGGAAAACUCCCUCUACUGAAGAAGAUCAUGUGACUGAAAGCUCCAGAACAGGUACUCAUUGAACCUUUGAAGGUUUUGUCAGUACUGCAGUUAUUCAGGAUUACCCACAGAGCGCACUGUGAACAUGUUUCUUGGAACUAUUCUCGUGGUUUAUUCAUGUCCAAAGGAUUAAUCGAUUACUCAAUUAGCCAAUCAUAAUAGGUUGUUUAGGUCAUUUUUAUUUAAAGCUGCAGCAGAUAACUUAUUAAAAUAGCUUUUUGUCAUAUUCACUGAAACUUUCACUAUAUCCUGACAGUAGAACCUGAGACAGAUAAUGUGUGAAACGACCAGCUUCCACUGGCUCCUCCCCCUGCUCCUAAUGGCAUCAUCGGAACAAAAACAACCAAUCAGAACUAUUAUUGAGUCUCAUUCCCAGGGUGUCAAAUACAGAUGCUGGGAAUUAGACUGUCACAUAUACUACUGUCAGGAUAUAUUGAAAGUUUCACCAAAUAUGACAAAAAGUAAUUAUUAUAAAAAUGACCUACUGCAGCUUUAAGCACAAAUGCAAAAAAUCAAACUGGUUCCAGAAUCUCAUAUAGGAAUAUUUACUGGUUUACUCAGUCCUCUAUGAUAUUAAAACUAAAUAUUAGACAACAAUAUGAAUAGUAAUGGAAUUUUUUUGGUGCCAAUUUCAAUUCAGUUAUGAAAGGAGAAGUAAAUAAUAGGUUAAUCAAUAAUUAAAACAAUCUGUUUUUUUUAACUAUUGUUUUAGUUUGCUUUUCCCCCUUUACUGCUCUCGUGGAAUCUGUACUCUGGAGUCAGCCGUGUAAUUGUGUAAUUGUUGAGUUCUGAUCCAUUUUUAACUGUUGGCUCUACGACGGAGCAGCAGGAAGAGCCACAAUAGGGGAACUGAGAGGUAGCCAGUGAUGAACACAGGGUUUGUGCUGAUGUUCAGUCCUACCUGUAGUCCGUGGUUGCACACUCUGUAGACCAGGACAGCCGACGGGGACCCAUUGAAACCACCUGCGCAGCUCCAGAUGUCCAAUCAUGCAGGGCAGGAUUCUGUGGAAGUGAUGGAAAACUCUUUUAGCUCUAAGUCUUAGAGGUGGACUUCUCAAAACCUGGACAAAUAAAACCCAAACUAUUUGCACCACCAGCUACCACAAGGUACCAACAGUUUUUUUGCAAUGUGAGUGAACUGAUUCUUUAAUAUGUGGGCGGUUGUGUACAUUGAAUGACGACGUUUGAGAGGAUUUUGCUCUGUGUGAGGGGACCUUUAUGCAGAUCUUUUUUUUAAUGAAAUGGUGUCUCACUCCGCUGUUUUAUAUUCUAGAUUUGUCUUGUCAACAAAUCCGUUGAGAAGACCAAAACCAACAAUGUGCUAGUCUCCACUUUCUGACUUCAGCCCCGAGCCCUUUCAUUCCUAAUGAGGACACAGAUCUUUAAAAACAGGCUCACAAACACAUCGAGUACAUUUCAGAGCCUGUACUUGCCUGUACCUCACUUUUCCUUAAGUAAAGAAGUUAAAUCAGUACUUCUACUUUUUUACUCAAGUAUCAGUACUUCUACUUGAGUAAAGAAUGUGUGUACUUUGGCCCCCUCUGCCAGCAGGACGGUGAAUGUGGGGUCGCUCUAAAAUAAACUACAGUGUGUAGAUGGUAAUGAAGGAACAUGUCAGUGAAUUUAAUGGUGUUUGGACUGUGGAGCUCUACGGCACAGAGGAAUAUGUUGUUGGUUUGGGUCUUUUCAUUGGCUUUGUGCACAAUAUGACAACGAUAGAAUGGCUCCAGACUUAUCCUUAGAGUUGGUUGUGUGUGUGAGAGUGUGUUAGCUGAGGUACUGAUAUGAAUUUGAACUGCUUUUGUAUAUAAUGUCGACGUAAAGCACGUAAAGAUUUGUAUGAAAAAAAUCAUCACAGAGGACUCUGAGCACAGAGGACGUCUCCAUGCUAAAAACCAGUUUUAUGAGUUAUCUGAAAGGUGUGUAUAUUAAUGAAUUUAUCUCCGACUGAGAACCCUGUUAGCUGCAGUCGGAUUGAAAUGGAGAGCACUCUGAUAAUAAGCACACGUUGUUAAUAAGCACAGUCUCUUUCUGUCCCUGAGCUGAAGUCUGCUGAGAGGCUGAAUCUGUCUGCCAGUAUUAUUAUUCUACCACAUGAUCGUCACCAGUCCUGACAAUCGCUAUCGUCACCUGUCUGAUGAUUUUCAUACCAGUUCCUGAUGCAGUACGACAUGCUGAGGGCUGUUUGUCAGCUACCCUUCGUUUUAUAUAAAUUGUACAAUUAUAAAAAUCUGUUUGAAGUUA